AUUUUAGACAUUUGACAUCAUUAAUGUUGUAAACUACAGGAAGCCUUCUGGUACUUAAGCUUCUGCUCCAUGAAGAACAUUGUAUGAUUUGUAAUAAGUAAUCAAACGAAGGUAGAGCUUGUAAGAUGGGGAUCAGAUUCAUACUAAUGGUGAACAAACAAGGCCAAACUAGACUUGCCCAGUACUAUGAAUACCUCACUAUUGAACAACGCCGAGCUCUUGAAGGUGAAAUUGUUCGCAAAUGUCUUGCCCGUAAUGAACAACAGUGUUCAUUUGUCGAGCAUAGGAACUACAAGAUUGUCUACAGACGAUAUGCAUCUUUGUUUUUCCUGGUUGGGGUUGACAAUGAAGAAAACGAGCUUGCAAUUUUGGAAUUCAUACAUCUGCUAGUUGAAACCAUGGACCGCCAUUUCGGCAAUGUGUGUGAGCUGGAUAUCAUGUUCCAUCUAGAGAAAGCUCACUUUAUGCUGGAGGAAAUGGUGAUGAAUGGGUGUAUUGUGGAGACAAGUAAGUCGAACAUUCUGGGACCAAUACAACUCAUGGACAAGGCAUCAUAAAUUUUAAAUCUGGUUGGAUAAGUUGGCUUGGAAUACUGCUCUUUCUCAAGUCAAAAGAUAAUACAUUGCUACUGUAUCUAUAAGUUUUUGUUUUGUAAGAACACAAAUAUAUUACCAGCAACGGCUUCAACUAAUUGCUGAUUAAUAUAGAGACCUGUACAAUAUUUCCGACUAAAUGAUAUCUGGUUUCUGGUAUUA